CCAAAGUGAUAUCGCUGUGUUGGGGUCAAUGUAUGAUGUAUCCAGCUGUGGCUGAUCAAACUAGCAUGAGCUUGGAAGGCUCUACCAAGUCUGGCAGAGGUUUAUCCUGAAUGGUGGCUAUCAUUCACCCACUAUUUUUAUGUUUUUGAACUGUGGACUACCAUUUUCCCUAAAGCCUGAAGACAAAGUCACCAAAAAGAGAUGUCUCCUAUUCAGCCAAGAAAUAUGUUGUAGAAGUGAACCAAAAGAUCCAUCUGUGAAUGUGCAGUCAAUGUACCAGGCUUGAAAACUCAUUUCAAAUGGAUUUAGAAGAAUAUGUUGGCUGACUACAGUGAACUACAAAACUGGAGGCUCUGCAGUGUCCCGGGGCUUGAUGUAAUCAGCACAGUGUCAUCCACAAACAGGAACAUCUGGAGGACCUCACCAUCUACAGAGAAGAAAAAGCUGGAUCACUUACCAGUAACUGGAGUUCUAUUGGGUAAUCUCCACAGAUCCACAUACUUUGAAGUUAUUGUGAAUGCCUCGAGGACCAUGGAACCGUUGAAAUUUCAAAUUUCAGGAAGGAAACCUCGACCUGUCUCCCAGUUGGUUGCACAGCAAGUUACCCAGCAAUUUGUGCCCCCCCCACAAUCAAAGAAAGAGAAAAAAGAUAAAUUAGAAAAGGAAAAAAGUGAAAAAGAAACAACUAGCAAAAAGAACAGUCAUAAGAAAACCAGGCCACGAUUGAAAAAUGUGGAUCGGAGUAGCGCUCAGCAUUUGGAAGUGACCGUUGGAGAUCUGACAGUCAUUAUUACAGACUUUAAGGAGAAAACUAAGUCAUCACCUGCAUCUAGUGCUGCUUCUGCAGAUCAUCAUAGUCAGAGUGGUUCUAGCUCUGAUAAUACAGAGAGAGGAAUGUCCAGGUCAUCUUCACCCAGAGGAGAAGCCUCAUCAUUAAAUGGAGAGUCUCAUUAAAGUUUACUUUUUUCCAAUUUCUUUAGUCACUUCUCUGUAAAAUACAAAUAUUUUGGCCAACACAUGCCACAUUUUCAUGACAAACAUUUAUGCUCAGCCUACAACAUGUUUUACAUAAAAUAUAAGUGCAUUAGGAUUAAUAAUUUUGUUGCAAUCUACACUAAAGACCACAUUUCCAGAAUUAACAUUUUGAUAUCCAAAGUUAAAAGUGCCAUGAAAAUGUGGUAGAGCAUUCAUUAUGCAGUGUUAUUGGUAAUCUUUUUCACUUUUAGUGAAUUCCAACACUUAAAACUUGAUUUCACUACUAUUGGCAUGUACUGAAUUAAAAUUUUUAUAACAUAGUUCAAACUGCCUAGAUAUGUAUUAUUUGAGAAUUAUAAAAGAGGUGUGUGUGUGUGUGUAUGUAUGUAUGUGUGUGUGUGUACAUAUAUACAUACAAGUCAGAUCAAUUUAAUCCAACUAUUAGAGUGACUAGAUUUUCAUAAUAGUUAUUUUUUUUAAGUACACCUGCUGGUACCUGGUGUGGUUAAGUAGGAAAAUUGUUAUUAAAGGAUCGUCUAUGAAAUUUGGUCAAUGUUAUAUGACACGUUACUAGAUUACUGUUACUGGUUUUAUCAGGUUUUCUUUUAUCAACUUUUUUAAACAUUCAUUUAUUAUAUUUA